UAAAUGAUUCUGAUCAAAUCUAGUAUGUCAUAUGUAUUUGUAAGGGACCAUGAUGAUUAACCUUCAUAAUGCGUUCACAACGAGCUUAAUUACUCUCACACUUAGGCCUUUUUACCAGAUUUUUUUAUAAACACUUUGGUUUAAAUAAGGAUUAUAACACAUUCAUUGGUCAGAUACUCAUUGACUAUUGUAUUAAUAUAUUAUUAGUAUUUAGUAUAUGAUUUUAUUUAGAAACGUAAUCUUAAUUUUGCUCAUACUAAAAUUAAAAUUUGAUGUUUCAAAAUUGAUAACUAACAUAAUCACAACACAUGUCAAAUUAAUAGGCCAAAUUUUAACACAUGCAAAAGAAUUAUUGUAGUUAGAUAGAUAGUACAAAGGAACAGCAAUUUGUUUUUAUAUUUAUUCAUGAAGUAAAAGAAAACUCAAACAAAGUUAAGAAAAAAUACGAGAGUAGAGACAGAGGGAGAUUAAAAACUCAUAUAAAAUAUGAAAACAUACAUUUGAAAAACCUUUAACUAUUUAUUUUUAUAAAAUAAUGUAGAUACCCUGCCUCCUGCCACGAUAAUCUCUUUUUUAAAUACACUAAUAGGCGUAAUGAUACAGACGUGACCAUUUUAUAUAUUUGAUUGUUUACGAUCGGGUCGUCGAAAUCUGGCCUUUGGAUUUAGUAUAUUAUGACCUUUGAUACCUAUAUUAUUAUGAAAUCAAAUAAGAUUACGAUAUUACAAAACAAAGAUGUCAUGUUUCACAUGGCAAAGUCGCAUAUAUAGGGUGUAUCAUGUUCAUGUGUGGUGUGUAUAUGCCCUUGACACAAGAAGAUUACUUUUUGAAAAACAUAGGAAGAUAAAGCCAGCUUGAUCAAGGUUUCCAUGUAAGAAUGGAAAAAGGUAAAAUCUGUGUUAACUGGAAAUCAAAUAGGAAUUGGACGAACUAGUUUUUUUUUUCCUUUUUUUGAAACAUUGGAGGAACUAGGUUAUUCGUAAUUAUAGUGUUCUAAGAGCAGCCAUUAUUUUUCUUUGGUCAGCUGAGUGACACUAAAUAGUAAAUAUGGUUUCAGUUGUUUGUUGAAAAAGAAUGGUUCAACCAAUCUAUAUGUUAAAGGGCAACUUUGGCUGAUUUCAGUUCAAUGUUGUAGAAUGCAUCGUAGAUGCUCUAUUUAAGAAAAAAAGUAUACAGCGACUGUAGUUUCAAACAAUGUGACAUAAAUAGAAAAGAAAAGAAACUCUGGAAGCAUGACUUCAUUUAAAACGUUCAGGCCACUACCAAAGAGAAACGAAAGCGAAUCAGAGAUCACGAGCUUAGAAUAAAAGUGGAGAAACGUUUAGACAGCUUUUAGACAGCGAAUGUAUGAAAGAGUGUGCAAUCAUGUUUGAGGUUGCCAUUACUCGCUAAUUAGUAGCUCAAUAUUAUUAUAUCACAACUUCACCACGUCUUCUUAUUUUAUUUUAUUUUUGAAAAAUAACCUUCCCACAUCUCUUUCUGUCCUUUAAAGUCACUUCUAUAAAUAUAUAUACGAAUGUCUCACAAAUCAUAUAAGUCCACAACCUGUAAUUCUUUUGUAGUAAUGAAGACAUUUCCAUAUUGUAGAUCAACAAUGCCUUUCCCAAUCCAAGCCUUCCUCAUCGCUCUUCUCUUCUCUUCCAUUGCUUCAGCAGCUAUCGUCGAACAUGUUUUCAACGUGGAAGACGUGGUGGUGAAACCAUUGUGCCAAGAGCAGAUGAUACCGAGUGUUAACCGAAGUCUUCCCGGUCCAACCAUAAACGUUAGAGAAGGCGACACUCUUGUGGUUCAUGUCAUCAACAACUCAACUUACAACAUAACUAUCCACUGGCAUGGAGUUUUUCAGAGGAAUAGCCCAUGGAUGGAUGGUGCGAAUAUGAUAACUCAAUGUCCGAUUCAACCAGGUUAUAACUUCACAUAUCGAUUCGAUAUCACUGGACAAGAAGGUACAUUGUUAUGGCACGCACACGUCGUUAAUCUGCGAGCCACUCUUCACGGGGCUAUAAUCAUUCGUCCCCGAUCUGGUCGUCCCUACCCUUUUCCUAAACCUUACAAAGAAGUUCCAAUCAUUUUUGCACAAUGGUGGAACGUAGAUCUUGCAGUUCUUCAGUUACGGCCAGCUCCGAUUGCCGAUGCUUUCCUCAUAAAUGGCCUCGCCGGAGAUACCUAUUCCUGCUCUAAGAACAGGAUGUAUAACCUCAAGGUAGUACAAGGAAAAACAUACUUGUUAAGGAUUAUAAAUGCGGCGCUCAACACUCACCUCUUCUUCAAAAUAGCCAAUCACAAUGUAACAGUUGUUGCUAUAGAUGCUGCCUACACAACUCCUUAUGUCAGCGACGUGAUGAUUUUGACUCCGGGACAAACGGUCGACGCACUUCUCACCGCCGACCAACCCAUUGGUUUGUACUACAUGACCAUUAGCGCUUACAUUAGUGCCCACCCUAUCGUACCGGUUCCCACUGAUAGAACCAUCAAUGGUCUGAUCGUAUACGAGGGUGCCGCAUUGAACACAUCUCCAGCAAAGACGACGAUGCCUGAAGGGAUGAACCAAAUAUCCACUGCUCAUAGAUUCUCCUCAAACAUCACUAGCCUUGUGGAUGGACCCCAUUGGACGCCGGUGCCUCGCCAUGUGGACGAGAAGAUGUUCAUAACGAUGGGGCUUGGUUUAGACCCAUGUCCCCUGGGUACCAAGUGUAUUGGACCCUUAGGUCAAAGAUAUGCCGGUUCUCUCAACAACCGUACUUUUGCAAUUCCGCAAACGCUUUCUCUUCAGGAAGCUUAUUUUUACAAUAUUAGUGGAAUCUACACAGAUGAUUUCCCCAACCAGCCACCGCUCAAAUUUGAUUAUACAAAUUUCGAAGUCAGUGGUGAUAAUGAGUACAAAAUGUUGUUUCCAGAAAGGAAAACUAGCGUCAAGAAACUUAAGUUCAAUUCUACAGUUGAGCUUAUUGUGCAGAACACAGGGAUAAUCACCUCUGAGAGCCAUCCUAUGCACCUUCACGGCUUCAACUUCUACGUGUUAGGUUAUGGAUUCGGUAAUUAUGAUCCAAUCAAUGAUGCAAGAAAGCUAAAUCUAGUCAACCCGCAAAUGCGCAAUACCGUCGGUGUACCACCAGGUGGAUGGGUUGUUCUCAGAUUUAUCGCUAAUAAUCCUGGUGCAUGGAUGUUUCAUUGUCACAUGGAUGCACAUUUACCUUACGGAAUUAUAAUGGCUUUCAUAGUCCAAAAUGGACCAACACCGGAAACAAGCUUGCAACCUCCCCCCUCGAAUCUUCCACAAUGCACUCGUGAUCCCAAGAUCUAUGAGUCUCCCACUACUAACGUUGAUUUGUCUUAUUAGAACUAAGUAGGCAGUUGUUAGUUUUUUUUGGUUUAUCCUUGUUUAUUUGGUUUUUUACAAUUUACAAAAAAAAAUUGGUUUUUCUUUACAUUUAUUAUAACUACCAAUCGUAGUUAUUAUUUCCGCUUCUGUUAAAGAAAUAAAUAAAAGUCGUUUGCUCUUGAAGUUUCAAUUUUUUUUUUUUUUGAAUAACUCAAUUUUUUUUCUUUCACCAAUCCAAAUACUUAAUUAGACUGUGAACUCAUUUGUCCGUUUAUCUAUACAAAUAUAUUCUCUACCAAUUAUCUUAAGAAUAUCAGUAAUUUAUUACUUCUUUCAUUCCAAAAUAUAUGAUACUACUGUGAAUUUUUUUAUUUUUGAUAUUUUAUAUUUAUUUUAUUUUAUGACUAACAAUUUAAUGUUUUUAUUAUUAUCUGAAUCAGUUUUAAUAUAUAUUAUUCAAUAUUUUUAACAUAUUUUUAUUUUUUGUGUCUUUAUACUAACUAGGAGUAAUUAAGAGAUUAACUAAGCCCAAAAAUAAGUUUUUUCUUUGAUGGCUUCUCGGUUCACGGAAAGUAGAACCAAUAAAACCAAUUAAAUUCAAGUUCAAUGAUUUCAAAUUUCUUAAUCGAUAGCAAAUGAUAUAUGAAACUGUGGUACUGUUAAUACACAACUCUUCUCGGGACAUACAUACAUUAAGAAAGACAAAAUUAACUAACUUGGUUGUCUUUGGUCAAGUAAUCAAUUGCUAUCCACAGAGAAAAAUGUCAUUAGUUGAGGAUGCAAAUAUAUUUGUAUUAAAAAGGAAAUAUUAAGUCAUUUGGUUGUCUUUGGUCAAGUAAUCAAUUGCUAUCCACAGAGAAAAAUGUCAUUAGUUGAGAAUGCAAAUAUUUUUGUAUUAAAAAGGAAAUAUUAGAUCUUUAUCACUAGUUUUUUUUUUCAAUUUUGUGAGUUGAUUUCAUAAUUUAAGUAGAAUUUGGUAAGAGAGAGAAAAUUUAAGACUCUGUCACAAGACAAAUUAAAAAAUGUAGAACUUUUUUCACUGAAAAUUAAAAAUACGAAAGUUUCUUUAUAACAUAAUAAUUCUUUUGGAUAUUUUCUAUGAUGUAAAUUGUAUAAUACUUUCACACCUAUUUGUUUUUUGUUUAAUAAUACUUAUAUAUCUUACAUCCGAAUCAUUUGUUUCUACGACUAUUUCUAAAACAGGAUCUGUUAUAUGCAUAUGUGAAUGAGAUUUACAACUCCCGUUAAUUUUUGCAGUAUUUAAUGAUGUUCUUAGACCAUCAUUAACCUCCCAAUCGUUUCUUUUAACUGGGGUUUUUACUUUCAACUAAAAGACGGUUCUUAGCUUUCUUAGAUUUUAAACUAAAAAAAAUUAAAAAUCGUCUCUUAAAUAAGAGAUAUAAAAAUUGUCUCUUAACUGAAAAAUAUAAAAAAUAAAUAAAAAAAUAUCAAAUCAUAAGUUAAGAGCCCGGGCGAAGAAACCGAAGUUAAUCAUACCCUUACAUCUAAGGAACUAGAUUUUUGGAAGAUAGUAUAAGAAUUUAGAUGUUUUAUUUAUAUUAGGACAAGACUUUAAAGCAUAAUUGAGACUUCCAAAUAACCUUUGUAACUGGGUUAUAUCAAUCUUUUUGUCUAAAAUUUUAUUUGUCAAUUUUCAAGAUCUUUCAAUAAGUGUUAUGAUACUUUGUGAUAUAUAGUAAUCUAGAAAUAUGAUUUUAGUUUGGAAUAAAUACAUUUUUUUUUUAAACAAGAUAACCAUUUUUCUUGCAACAUAACAAAAUUCAGAUUUUUGAAAUGUUCAUCAAUGGGAUUUGAAAAUAUUAGUAUAACAUCAAUAUAGACAAUGCAAAAUCUUGAAUAGUCAAAGAAUAUAUAUCAUUUAGAUAUAUCAUUUAUGAUUCUUUUAAAUUCAUAAAAUGCAUUUAAAAAAAAAACAAAUAGCAUUACAUUACAUUGGUAGUAACCAAAAAUACUGUCAAUGUAUUUUUAUAACGAUCAUUUUUAGAUAUAUCAUCAAAUUUAAAACAUUAUUUUCAUUUGUUAUGAUUUUUCAGGUUCAGAUUACAACAAAUCUAAGCAGCCGGCUCUUCCAAAAGCUGUCACAUUUAUUUCUGUUUCCAAAUUGGAAAGUCAGUGACAUCACGGUAAUAGAAAUUAAACCAAGUUACAACAGAGAAAAACCGAAAAAUGCAAGUAGGAGAUAGACACGAGUACAUAAAGACUUGAAAACAUAUCUUCCACCCAACCAACUUGACUAAGCAGAUGACAAUGUG